UCUGAAUGUUACAUUCAAACACAGCCAGGCAGCACAUUGCACCACCUUAUCGCUUAGAUCUGGAAAGCAACUGAGCCCAUUAGUUCAUCAUAAAAACUAUAGAAAUACGCCUGAUUUGGUUGGCUGCAGAUAUUAGUACAAUAUUCAACUGAAAUACUCAGGAGGCGGCUUUCCAUCUCAACUCUGAACGUGGUGUGGUCACUUCUCCAACAGAUGUCCAAGUUGGCGCUGUUUGUCCUGGUCAUAGUGCUACAAGCAUGUGCGAUUAUGGCGGACAGUGACGAUGACCCAGGGGUUCUGGAGAGGGCAAAGGAGGCGUACAGAGAAUUAAAGAGUCGGGUUGUGAAUGCGGGCAGUGUGGUGGCUGACUUUGCCGAAAUGUACUAUGAUGAACAUGUAAAGCCUGUGGCCGACCCAUACAUCCAGUGGGCUAAAGAGAAAGCCGGCUCUCUCUGGGAGAGGGUCAAAAAGAGAGUGUCCAGCUCUGCAUCUGACUAGAACAUCUCAAAAAACUGAAAAUUUCCACAACAGCACACAAACGAACCACAGCUUAGCAAAUGAACAAACACGGCACGUUCCAGCAUGAAGGCAUCAUUUAUGUCAUAAUUUGUCUAUGUUUUCUCAAUUAGAAUAACAAAUAAAGCACAUUAUCUCCAUCCCAAAA